GUAUCCCCCACCACAGUCUUCGAGAUGAGGCCAACUUUUCAAUUACUUUUGCUGCUUGUAGGAUGGGUGAGCACUUUGGCUGUGCAUCCCUUCGAUGUGGGCGCUAGAGCAUCGACCAAUCCGUGCCAGGAUGUGCGUGUGGCUGGCUUCAUUUGCGUGGACUGCACCACCCUGGGCUACUGCGUGCACGAUGGCAACGGCCAGUGGGAGACGCAAACGAUGAUGACGUGCCAGUCGGAUCACAGCUUCUACUGCACGGACGAGGGCACCUUUGGCUGCACCUGGCAGGCCAAGUGCCGCGUCCCAGUGCGUGGCAAGUUCUACUGCCAGCAGCCGGGCAUGUUCCCAGAUCCCUACGACUGCCGCAACUACCACGAGUGCAGCACCCAGAACGUGGACACACCGCGCCAGUGUGCGAACGGAGCCGCCUACUCCACCCUCACCGACAGCUGCACCCUGCCGAAGGACAGCGACCAGUGCUCGGCGGCCCAGUACGCGUGCAGUCGUGCCGGGGAGGCUGGCGCCUGGCCGGCGGACAGUCGUUUCUAUUAUGUCUGCCAGAAGGAUGCCACCGCCACGGAUACCUUCUUCCCCCUGCUGAUGCGUUGCUCCGAGGGCUAUUUCUUCAACGGUUACAGCUGUGUGCCUCCUUCCAGGCGGUCGAUAUCCUCGCGGAUGCUUGUGGAGGCAAAGCAAAGCAGAUCCUGCACGAACUUUGCCAUCUCCACGUGUCCUGACGCCACGGCCAGCGGUGAGUACUGCCUGUGCCUCAACGGAACACUGCAGACCCAGCAGUGCCCCGAGGGCGCGUACUUUGAUGCCCAGCGAUUGGUUUGCCGGAUAGGGGACGCCAUGGAUCCCGCCGAAGUACCCUCGACCACCGGAGGUUUCUGUCAGCGCGUGGGAAUGGUUGGCGAUUUGGCCAACUGUUCGAUAUACCAUCAUUGCGAUGCCGUGGGGGCAGCGAUGAAGCAGUCCCAGUGCCCCACUGGAAUGAUUUUCAGUCUCACGAAAUUCGUUUGCGAGGCGGGAACUUGUUGAGCAACAAAACAACAAAAGAUUUACUCUCCCAAAUAACAACAAAAAACAUUAAGAGUAGCAAACAUUAAGCAUAAAUAAACGGCAGCAAUCCAAUCCAA